AUGCGAGCAGCACUCCUCCUCGGCGCCGCCGCUGCUGCACAACAACAAUGCACCCAGCGCUGCCGCAACGAAUGCAACGCGUGCAUCCUAUCCUACGCGAUUAUUGGAGCGCGCAAGGCCGGCACGACGUCGCUAUACAGAUGGAUUUCCGCCCACCCCGACGCGGUGGGCUACGGGCUGAACCGCGGCCCGCGCGCCGGUGAGGUGAUGUACUUCAGCAGCGACAAGUUAUUUCCGGCGAAGCCCGUACCUUGCUUCGGGAACACCUGUCAACAGGGCCGAGCGUGCGUGAACAACGUCUGCCAGCCGCCGCACCAGUGGUACAAUCAUCAAUUCCCCUGCGUUUCUGGGAGGAAGGUCGCGGGCGAGGCGUCCGUCGCUUAUUUAGUACACGCCGAGGCCCCGAAGCGCAUGUUUGAGUACUGCAGUACCGCAUUACCGAAAAUCAUCGCCUUACUAAGGGAGCCGAUUGCGCGUUACGAGAGUCAGUUCCAGAUGCGUGUCAGGCUCAAGACGCGGGGCUACACUCCUAAGAGUGCCGCGGAUGCCGAUAUGAGGAGGGACGUCCACGCGUUUUGCGGUCUAACGAAGAACCACGCGACGUGGUAUCUUCACCCAAAGCCCACGGGCCUCUUCGAACCGGCUCGGAAUGGCGUGUAUGAAGGUGUGUAUGUUGCGCACUUGAAGCGGUGGCGGCACGCGGGCUUUUCAGUACAUACCUUGUUCUUCGAGGAGUUCUUCUCCGAGGAACGCCAGGCGGACCACCUGCGAGACGUCCUCCGAUACAUCGGAUUGGACCCGACCAAACAAGACGCGCAUGCUACUAGCAAGCGGAAGUACAACACGAAGGGCUCGGACUUCGACUACUUCCCCCGCCAUGCCUUUUCGUCGUUCGCGCAGCGACGGCUCGCCGUCCUCUUCCGGCCCUACAACGACGGGCUGGCAUCAUUCCUUGGGCGGCCUUUACCGGACGCGUGGGCGCGCUGGCCGAACGCGACGGGCGACGCUUGUGAUGAGAGUGCUUGGCCCAGGAGGCCUGGCUGGUAA